UCGAAAGUACAAUGUUUACAAACAACCCGGUUUAUUUUGUGUUAGAAAUGGUGUAAUAUCCUUUCAUUUUCAUUCGUGACAAUGUUUAUUGUGUUUCGGAAUAAGUGUUGUGCUUGGUGGACCUCUUCAAAUAGUUCGCAAUAAUUGACAUAGAUCAUAAAUUCUCUAAUGUGGAAGCAAUUACAAUCGGACUAAUCUGCCAUUGUACGCCGUAUCCCGUUGUCGCUGCGGGUGUAUAUGUUAUUCAGCGCGCAUCGAAUUGAGUGCCCGGUCGCGAGUCUAGAUUCAUUCAGCAGCUCCACAACCGUACAGACAAACACACCAGCAGGAAUCGGAGGACCAUUAGGAAAAGAAGCUUUCAUGAUAUUACACAUUAAAUUGCUUCGAUGUUCAAAGCGGUGUGCAUGUCAUAACAUUUUGCGUCUGGUGAAUUUGUGCUAGUGAGACAACGGAGUCGGGCGAAAAUUGUGCAAGAUUUUCGAAAAUAGUAAAUUUUAAUGCCUACACGUCGUCGUCGUCGUAUUGCGUCGCAUUAGUCAUCGGCAUUCUGGAACGGUGUAUCGGACCAAGAUGGAUCCCUCCUCGAUUAUCGUGCUGGAUUCUUCGGACGAGGAGUCCGGAGAACCAAAGCGCCGAAAGCUAAACCGCGCGGUUCCAAAGAAUGUAAACGGUGGCGACCACAAACUGAAGGUCCCACCGGAACCGGGCAGUACUAUACGGCGCAUCAAACCGAUUACGAUUGCAACUAAUUUGAGCAAAACAGCCGAUAACAAUAAUCGGUCAUCAUCGAACAGUGAAAGCUUCGCCAUCAUCAACUACUCGGAUGAAUGGGAAAAGGAUCUACAAAAAUAUCAGCAAAUCAUCAACGAUCAUGAGCAACUGCGCCAACUACAACAAAAGAAGCUACAGCAGCAUCAGCAGCGGCAACAUCAACAACAACAACCAGCACAGCAACAGUCGGUUAUCAAAAAGAAGUCUCCACUUUCCUCGGUUGUCGAGGAAGAGGCGAGUGACCGUAAAACGGCAACUCCGGGAAGCAGCAGUACAGCCGAUUCUCACUCCACUAGCCGAUCAGAGAAGAAACAGCGAACAAGUGAUGUUGAGAAGAAUCCUAUUGGGAAGGAGUUUGCCGAGCUGUUGGAUGCGUGCCGAAAGGCGGACGGGUCCCCAGAGAUGGAACUGCUGAUCCAGAAAAAGCUGGUAAAAUACUACGAAUGCGUUCAUCCUGAUUUCAUCAAUUCAAAGAGUUUCAAGAAAACAUUGGCUGCAGUCACGGCAGAUGUCACAGCAACGCCAGAGCUAGUCUACCUAAAGCUAGCCAGCAUUGUGGAGGAAUUGAACAUUCGUCGAAAGUCGAGAAAUUCGGUGAUGACGAACGAAAAUGUUACCAGCACUGGCAGCGAAAAAAAGGACAAUCAAAUUAGAAGGUUAAAUCGGGCGCUGUACAUUCUGAAAAAGCGCAUCGCUAAACUGGAAGAGAUGGAGGUAGAUUUCGAAGAGGACAUAAAUUCCGCCUACAUGAUGGAGGAGCGUUACAAGAAGCGAGCGUUUGAGAUUUACGAAAAAAUCUGUGAUAUCACUGGGGAAAGCAAACACGCACAUCGAAUCGUGCGGAAGCCGGUCCACUUUGAUGGGACGCACUAUCCGGAGUUUAAUCGCACAAUCCAAACGUUCGUCAACAGAACGAACACAUUUCCGGACUUUUUCGAUGUGCUAAAAUGCCUGCAGCAUUGUAACACUCAGUACGGUUAUCGUAUGAAGCGAGACGAGAUGACCAAGAUUGCGCAGGAUGCUUUCAUCAAGAUUGGAAAGCUGCUACAGAAGCGUAGGAAAACCGAUCUCUAUGAAACGGUUUCAUAUUACACGGGCGCGGAUAAGGAUCCGGCGAUCGUCGAUAGGAAGCUGCUGGAGAAGUUGGAGGAUAACAAAAAGCAUUACGGAAAGAUCGGAGAUCUCAUCGACAAGUUUGCUCGUGUUCAGGAUCAUGACACAGACGACGAAUCAAAGCCGGGUACUGCGUCAAGCCAUAAUUUGAAGCCAUCCAGUAGCGGUAGCAGUAGUAGUACUCCAGCAGCAACAGUCACAACAAAAGCUAUACCAUCCAGUAGUUCGAAGAAGGAAGAUGAUCGCUCAGAAUCACCUUCCUCAAGUAGCAGUGUGACAAAGCCUACAAACUCUCCUUCCUGUGGCAGCAGUAACAGUCCACCCGCCGAAGAUAAGGAUAGCAGUAGUCCAAAAAGUGAUGAGAAGGCAGACGAUAGUAAACCAGAAUCAGCGAAAAGUACUGCAACUGUUGCAGCUUCGGAAGAGGCAGAAGAUGAGGAUGAUGACGAAGAUGACGAGGAGGAAGAUGAAAUGCUCAUCAAGGAAAACGUCAAACCAGAUAACUUCGAAGAUAUCGAAAUAUCGGAUGACGAGGAGUUGAUUGUACCAACGUCUUAGCGAUCGACGAUCGCGCGUUGUUUAAAUUUGUAAAUAGUCGAU